GAGGCAAAAUUUAGGGAUAAGAAAAACUCAACCUAGAGUCUUAUUUUUAGUUUUAGAGUAACAAUUUGCUUUGUGUAUGUGAAUUUAAUAUGCUGUCUAUUUUGACCCGGCAAGGAACAUGAGGACAUUGAAGCACCUGCUCAUAGGGAUAUAGGACCAGGAGCAUGUCAUUAACAAUGCAAAUUCGAAAAUUUUUCUCUUUUAUUAUCUCGCGUCAUUCUCGUUUGCUAUAAGAGAAGCCUACAGUUGAUUAACUUUUCCAAUUUAUUUCUUGACGUGGAAACGACGAAGAUAGUUCUUAAAACAUAAUUUUUGUAUCCAUUCUUAUAAUAUAGGUUUUUCACUUUUUCAGCUGACAAAUUUGAAGGAAUUUUGAAUUUUGAAAUUUUUAAAAGGCCAAAGCAUCGUUGCAUGUCUUUAAUUAAAGCGCAUCAGUUUCAACUCGCUGAAUUAACGACGUCGACAAAACGCGGAUCGGAUCACGUUUAUGUUAAGGAUCUUCACAAAUUUUUUGCGAAUCGUCCAAUUUUCACCGACCAUCAAAAUCUUGGAUUCCCAAUUUUAGCAAAACAAACAAUCAUUUUUUUUCAGUCAUUUAGCUGUCAUGUUAUGAAAGAUAUCUCAAGACAAAAUUUCAAAUGGGAAAAAAAUACUUCAGUCCGCUUGCCUAGUUGGGCGUGCGAUGGCAUGAUUUUCCUGGUCCAUCUGACCCUUUUACUUUUGAGGGAAACGACAUUUAGCGCUGCUUCAAAUGUCUGUGAUUCGUGCUUUGGGUACGGUUAUACUAGCAGCAAUUUGGGGAACAUGUAGCUACAACGAGAAAUUAUCCUCCCCUUCGCAAGCCAUCACAAGUACCAUCAUUGUCAACCACAACGCAAAAGAUCAGCAGAAGAGACGAAUACACUUCAAUUGAAGCGGUGAAACUGACUGCUGUAAAUCAGCCCCAAAAGCAUUACUAGAUUUUGGAUUGCGAAUGAAGAAACAGCCUGCAUGAAAUCAUGGCGAAUGUAACUGAGGAUGGAAAAUAUUCAACAACAAUUCCAGAGUUUUUCUGCACGUCAGGUUUUGAAACAGCUCAGAGGAUAUUCAUUUCAGCCAUAGGUCUUCCUCUAUCCAUAGUUGCAAUAUUAGGAAAUGUUCUCAUCAUUGUUACUCUCCGUAAGGUGUCGUUCCUUCGCCCGCCGUCGAAACUUUUACUCGUUUGUCUUGCUAGCACAGAUUUGGUCGUGGGCCUCAUUUCACAUCCUCUUUACAGUUUUCACUUUAUGUUCCCAGAACAUUCAAAGAGUUGUUACUAUUCUGAAUUGCUUUUUCUUAGUAUUGGUUCGCUGCUCUGUGGAGUAUCUUUGUUAACAACGACUGUAAUAAGUUUGGACAGACUUCUUGCUCUGUUGCUGGGGCUAAGAUACAGACAGGUGGUAACAGUGAGGCGAGUAAGGGCCCUAGUCGCUACCUUUUUAGUUCUUUUCACUUUUUUGGCCCCUUUAGUAUUUCUCAGUUAUCGUACUACUGUGGGCAUUCACAUAACCGAGUGGUUUCAAUUAGUAGUGCUUCUUUUAUGCUUAAUGAUCUCCACUUUCUGCUACACCAAAAUUUAUUGCACACUUCACUUUUCUCAAACUCAAGUGCAAAACCAAGGUCACCAAGGACAACCGAAUGAAGAAGCAAAUCAACUGAACAAAGCAAAAUACAAAAAGACAGUGUCCACAGCACUGUGGCUACAAAUGUCAUUACUUGUUUGUUAUCUCCCUUUAUUUUUAGUUGAUGCUAUUUAUUCUAUCAGUGGAUUGAACACGCCAUUAUUUAACUUUGCCUGGACUCUAUCCACAUCUCUGAUGUUGUCUAACUCGACUCUAAACCCUUUCCUGUAUUGUUGGAAGAUGAGAGAAAUGAGACGAGCCGUGAAGCACACGAUCAGACAGCUUUUUCGUUUCUCUAAUGAGGAAACCUGAAGACGAUGCGAGGUCAGUCUAGUGCUUUUAAUUUGGGGUCGAACUGUCAACGGCGAGGAUAUGUGACCACUAAUUGACUGGAUCAGUUAUGUACAUAAUACCGGCGAGAUGUAUCUAAACGAAGAGUAGAUUUGAAUUUGGAGCUGCUACUAAGUUAGCUGAGAGAGUUUGGAAGCAACACAAGGUUUAAGCUUCCGUUCGAGCGGUAAAAAUAAAGCUGGAGUUAAAAUUAGUGGGAAAGGAACGAUGCUAAGUUACAAUUAAGUUGUAGAUUGGUUCGUAUUUAGUCUUGCAGCAGAUAAAAAUGGAAAGGCAGUGAUUUUAUUGCAAAAUCUAAUUUAUUUGUGUCAUCUCGUUCAGAUGAUAGGAAGAACAAGAACAUGUUAAAAGUUUCGCACUUGAACCACGAGCACGUUUAAAAUACCGUGUUACAAACUAUUACUUGCGUAGAAUGUACUUACCGUUAUGGAGAGUGACUCAGAAUAAGAGUUUAUCAUAUAAAUUUCUAGAAUGCUUAAUCAUGUUGACUUGCAUGCACGAACUUCUUAUGGAACUUUCUAGAAAUGUUUGUUAGAUUUUUUUGUUAUGUUGUAUUAGUACCAAAAUAGUUAUGUUGUAAGCUUCUGAUAUGUUCCGGAAUACUUUGCAAAUGUCUAUAAGGACUCGGUCGUGUAGUUGUUUUUAGUCACUGUUGUCGGGAGUUACCGCCGGGCUGUUCGGAAAGCUAUACCAAGAGAGAGAACUGCUGUGGAAGAGUGAUAAUUUCCAGGAACUUUGGAGAAACUGUGAGUCUGUGCAGUAGUGAGCUAAUAUAUAGUUCGUAGAGGGCUUUGAAGCCCUCAAUUACUUACUUAAAAGUAAGUAAUCGAGGUUAGUUUCUGUAUCAUGCAUGACAGAAGUCGAGCUCACAGAGUCUCCCGCUUACAGUACCAAGCUCAAAGCAGUCAUAUCAAAGAAACUAAAUUGUGCAAGCUGAAUAACUAUCUUUUUCUUCUUUAUUUCUGUGUUAAAUAGUUAACUGCUUUACAUUACAAUACUGUAGCAAUCCGCUAGAUCAAGGCUAAAAAUAGAGCACUCAUCUGAAAAAGUACGAGAUCAAGCGUGAAGAAUAUCACACUGUCAUGGAAUCAGCAAAAACUUUUUAAAAAAUUUACUCUAACGUCAGGAUGCUGAGAAAAAUUUAUUUUCGAACGAGCAAAAUGUGGCGGGCAAACUUAUCGGAAGACUCUGCA